AUGUUGGAAUGGUUUCCUUGGCCGGAGAGCAUCAAGAAGCGCGGAUGUCGGUACAUUUUGCAGCACUAUCUCGGCGAUUUUCUUCAAGAACGCAUUCGACUUGAGCAGCUCUCGGUUGAUCUGUAUAAUGGAACUGGAUCAGUUUCGAAUCUCAACCUUGAUCUGUCGAGUCUCAAUGAUCAGCUGGCUUCCGUUGGCGUCCCGAUAGAAGUUCUCGACGGAUUUGUGAGGAAUAUAAAAGUCGAGAUUCCAUGGAGCAACUUGAUGAAAGAAUCCUGUACUUUAACCCUCCGCGGACUCGAGUUGACCAUCCAAAUGGCUGAGGAAGUACCAACGAUGCAGGGAAUGUGCGAGAGUCUCUUUCAAACGGCGUGCACGAUGACGACUUCGAUUGAAAUCGCAGAAAAGGUCGUUCAAGACACUGAAGAAGAAACAGAAGGGCUUGAUUCCCUCGCUCAGUAUAUUGAAAAUAUCUUGGCGAGGGUAAAAGUGUGCCUGUUUGACACUGUGUUGCGAGUAGAAAGAGGAAAGGAAGAGAAUCUGACGAGGAUGGAAAUCAGAAUCAAAAAAAUUGAGUACUCGGAUGAACAAAAUGAUGGAAAAGACAAUUCGCUUGAAGAAGAAGGAAAAACGAGUAUUUAUAUGAAGAAGGUUUCUCUUUCCGGAGCGACGUUUUGGCAUGAUAAAAAGAAGCCCGGCGAUUCAGCGUCGGAGAGCGACCAUUCUUCGCAGAAAGGGAGAAGUCCUGCCCCAGAAUCGCCGCCCUCCAGCCCCGGUUCUUAUAAAUCUUGCGAUUCGGGCGAUCCAAUGGAAGCAUUGGCAGAUCCUUUCGCACUUAUCGGAGAAAUUAUGGGAACGCAAGAAGUUCGCGUGCGAAUUCAACCGCGCACAGGGGUCAAUGCUCCGAAGCUCUGGCUCGACGCGAAUUUCCAACCCUUUUGCUUCUUCGUCUCUCCAUCUCAAGUGCAUUCAAUAAUGGAUCUUAUCAACGAACUAACGCAGCCAACAAACGCUCCUAAAUCGCAGAGCGCUCAUCAAUCGCGACCGAUUCACUACGACGAAUUCGGAAAAAUCGAAGAGCAAGUUUUCGAAGACGUCGAUCAGAAUAGCGAUACAGAUGAAGAAGAAAAGCCCAUGCACUUCCAGCCUGGAAGCCAGGAGCCGCAGUUCUACUCAAUGUAUGGCUCUGGAGCUACUUCUGUUGCACCGUCGAUGGGGUCUUCGCAAAUGACUCAAUCUGGUUCGUCCACAGCUUCGGGUGGGAGGAGAAAUAACUUCUUAGCAAACCAAGUGGAUCCGAAUUACGGAGGAUAUCAAUAUUCAUUCAAGGUAUCCUCCCUUUCCAUUACUGUUCUGCACAACGAUCCAGUGAGUGACUAUACUAUGCGCGAAAUGGCGCAAGAUCACUUUGAGAAGAUGCGUGAAUUACAAAGCUUUGGGCUAGUGAAUCGAUCGAUGGCCGACAUCGCCAGUGAAAUUCACAACAUGUCUAAAUCCGAUCGUUUGACCAUUUUUGCCUUUCCUCUUUCUGGUUCUGUGCAACAAAGCGGCCUUACUGGCUAUCAACGCGAAGCUCUGCAACUACACGCUCAAAUGGGUCAACUUUGGAUCUGGGAGCAUCUCUACAAUGGCUCAGUUCUCGCCCCCGACCAGCAAAAAGAAGGCCUUCAGAUUCCCAUUCUCAAGUUUCGUCAAGAUAUGCAAAAGUCCCUUCUUGAAUCACUGCCCGAAUAUGGCUACUGCGUUCGAGUGAACAUUUCCCAAACGAGAUCACGGUCGAGCCUGAGGCUUGAGCUCGGCCGAGCUGAUUUUGAGUUCGAUCCGUCAAUUAUCGACAGAAUUUCAAGAGUACUUUCCUAUCAGCCUCCAAAGUCCGGCCGUCGUAGAGAUCCACAAUCGCACGAUUCUCUUAUUGCAGACCUAUCCCGCCCCGACCAGAGGAAGCUUAGCAUGGAAAUCAACGUUUCUGCUCAAGACCUAUCCCUAAAACUGCGCAUUCCAAUUCCCGAUCGUCGAGAUGAGCUUCAUCGAGCGCCGUGGUACCAGCGACGCGUUCGAGAUGAAAUUCUCAAGGUCGAUCUACAUUCACUCACAGUCUCGAUCUCCAAAGCCAAUUCAGUCAACCUAUCCAUAAAAGAUGUCCAGCUUUUCUUUCUCAACGACGAGUGGGACUUAUCAACGCCUCCUUGUAUUCAAAUAUCGUCAAAUGACGAUGGACGAACGAUAGUUUUUCCAAGUAUUCUGGUAGAAACGAAGCCCGUCGCUUCUAAAAUUGCCCAUUCAAUGUACUCGUCCUUCCAUCAGUACGCCCAGUCUACGCCACAAACGCCUUUCUCUUCCCAAAGAACCUCCUAUGGCGACGAAACUUACCGUCAAUCCGUCGAAGCGCCAGCAGAUGCCAUUGAGCUCGAAAAGUUCCGUCGCAAUCUUUACGACUCUUCGCUUACUUUCGUAAAGCUCACAUUUCCAAAAGUUCGGAUCGAUCUCUUGUCGAACAAGUUCUAUGAAAAACUAUUCAAUCGACUUGCCUGGGAUUUGGCCAUGUGGAAGCCGGUAACAGUUGCUUCUCCGGUAGAAGUUCACGCACCGAAACAGGUUUUCUUCGAUUUGGACAAUGACGAAGACGAUAGCGAGCUACCACCUGUACAUAGAGCUAAAAAGGGAACUCCGCUGCCUGGAUCUUCUCAACCCACUCCCAUAGCAAUCGAACUAGAUAUAGAAGAAGGUGAAGUAGUGCUCAAUUGCAGACAAACAAAUAACUCUCCCGGGCCUGAAAUUCUGAUUGAUAUUUCUGACUUCAAAUUGAUCUUCGCAGGAAAAUAUCUAUCAGGCGUCGCCGACUACAUCUACAUUUCCGCCCAGACUCUUUCAAUAAAACAUCGACCAGAUCAAUGCGCAGAAUUUACCUGCUGGGUGUAUCCGAAGUUCGAAGAGAGCGCUGGAUACUUUCAUCGGCCGCGAAAGAGCGAGAUAGAGCUGGAUCCGAUGCUCAAAGUCUCGCUGAAAUUGGAAAAUGAAGAAGACUCGAGAAGUCUUGCUCAUUAUACCGUUGCUGUUGGAUUGUCAAAUACAACCGUUAGGUAUCGAAUGGUUAAACCUGGCCAAGCACCGUGGGAACAUCUUGCUAUUCUUUUCAAUGUUCAAGAAGAGCUACCAGUGGGAUACGAACCGCCUGCGUACAUCACCUCUCUUCACGUCUCUCUCAAGGAUAUCUUCCUCGAUUAUCGGCCACUCUACACAUCUGAAUGUGCAAUACUGUCGAUAGAUAACUUCACGCUUUCCACAGUUCUCCGACCCAAUUCGAACAAGGUCCUGUUGAGCAUGAUCGGAGAGUAUAUCGCGGUUCACAUGACAAGGAGACAGCUCGGAGAAUCUCAUCGAAACAUCGAUCUCAAGAACGACUGUUACUCCAAGCUCCUGGUCGCAAAGCUGCUUGAAAUAUCCGUGAGAAUCGAUCCGGAAGCUGCUGUUAAGUCUGAUGUUUCUCUUCGGGGAGAUAUUUCGCUGGAAACUUGCGCCGACAGUUUCACUUACUUGAAUAGGCUGAUUCAGUAUGUCGCUGAGGAGGGUGACUUCAAGCCAGAUUUCGAGUCUUCUUCUGGCGAUACUUCCAAUUCGACGAGCUCGGUCAUUCAAAACCGCUCCAGACGAACAUCAGAUACUCCUUCUACUCCGAGAACUUCUGAUCCGGGACCAGUAUCAACCCCGACAUCGUCGAUGACGUCAUCAACUCCUCUCGUCAAAGCAGAGUUUCAAAACGAUCUUCUCGACGCGCUUGAAGACGAUGAUUUCUUAGUGGACACGAAAUCAAGGACUUCAGCAUUGCGGACUCACAAGGAAAUGGAAGAUUCAGUCGAGUUGAAUGACGAGGACUUUGACGAUUUUGUUGAUUUGGAAGCUGAACCUGGAAUUGGUUUCUUAAAGAACAAGUCAAAGCCGUCGAUUCGGUACUUUGACGAAUUUAAGAUCAAAGAAAACUUCUUCCGCGUUCCACACGAGCGGAAAGACUUGCUCGGUCCCCCGAAAGACAUGCCAACCCCAGCAAGUACAUUCCGUAUCGGCGAACUGAACAUCACCUGGCAAAUGUUCGCAGGAUCUGAUUUCCCGAUCACUCUUCAGUCAGGCGACUUCACGAGAAUGGACAGAACGAUGCAUCAAAUUCAUGUUCCAAAGAUAUACUCGGCCAGAGAAAAGAAGACGAUGGUCCAGUUGAUGGUCAAGAAAUUCAAAUUGAGACACGAUGUCUUUGAAGACAAACUUUAUCGACAAAGAUUGGCUGCAACGAUCGAAGAGCUUGAAAUCGUCGAUUAUGUGGCUACAUCUCAAUUCAACAAGCUCCUGAGUCGAGACAGACAUCUUUACGAUCCAAACAUGAACCCUUCAAUCGUCGUUAAAUUCCUUCUUCUGAAUCCUGAGCAACAAAAUGACUCUGUCUCGCAAGAUGCAAAAGUCCGCGUGUCAAUCCAGCCACUAAAGAUAAACCUGGAUCAGGAUACAGCAGUUCACCUGUACAAAUUUUUCAACGAACUGUCUCAAUUUUCGAUGCAAGAAGAAAUGAUGCUACCUCGCGACUCACCUCCAGCCCAGGAGGAUUGUCCAGAAGUGCCUUUUGAAGCAAAACCGGAGAUUUUCUUUAAAGAAGUGAACUUUUCUCCUGAUUUGAGCAUUCGAAUCGACUAUCAGGGGAAAAGAGUUGAAACAAGUGAAUAUGGAACGAUUCUGGGCCUGUUAAUUGGUUUGGGGCAGUUGAACUGCAGCCAAGUGACUCUGAAGAGAUAUCUCAAUCGAAAUGGAGUUCUCGGCCAGGAACGACUUCUGACGAAUAUUCUGACCGACUGGGGCAACGACAUCAAGCGAAAUCAGAUUCCAAAGAUCUUAGGAGGCGUUGGACCUCUUCAUUCAGUUCGCCAGCUUUUAUCUGGCUUUGUUGAGCUCUUCAAUGCUCCCGUGGAAGCUUACAAACGCGACGGUCGAGUUCUACGGGGUGUGAGACGGGGUGCUUCUGCCUUUUCGAAUUCUACAGCUGUCGCGGCACUUGAACUUUCUUCUAAAUUCUUCGACUGGAUCGACUUUACCGCUUCGUUUACACAUGACUUCGUUUCUUCAAAUAACAUCCAAAGUCCGAAAGAUCAGAGAAGGAAGCCUACAGACCUGAGGGAAGGAAUUUCGAACGCAUACGGUGUUGUUCAUGAUGGACUCAAGCAGCAAUACAAGGAAGUUGGGAAAAACAUAGGCGAUGGAUGGCAACAGAGAGGCUUCGCAGGCGCUGUUGGAUCUGCGGUUAGCUCUGUUCCGGCAACGCUUGUUAAACCUGUAGUUCUCGCUGCAAAGGCUUCGAAAAAUGCUUUAGAUGGUGCUAGAAAUACAAUAAAGCCAAAAGCCAUGCAAGAUGACCUGGAUAAGUAUAAAUACUGA